UUUGUGCUGUGGUCUGGUCCUGGGCAGUGCGAGCCCCGGCUGGGCAUGUCCCUGGAGAUUUGCUGACGCUGUCUUCCCGUUGAAAAAAAUAGGGCGAGACGUGGAUCAGUGUUUCAUCUUCAUCGAUUGGGGAUGAAUUGCAAAUUGGGUGACCGGGCACAAGAUCCAUGGCGCUGAUCAGCUCCAAGGCCUGCGUUCAUUUCAUUCGUCAUGGUUUGGGCGGUUUCAACUCUGCGUUGUCUGCAGCGAAGGCUGAGGCAUCUUGUUUGCAUCAGAACGCUAUCAAAUGAUCAUCGGUGGGCCAAACCUGAGGGGCCGUGACAUCAUAAAUGGUGAUUUGAGUUCUGAUGAGCUCAAGACAGUAUUAUGGACUGCUACAGACAUCAGGAACAGGGUUGGAGAGGAAAAAGAGGUAUUUAAGCAAGGCACUCAUCUACUUGAAGGGAAAGUCAGUGACUUUGCUCCAGGAACAUGGAGAACCAGACACCUUAAGCUCAGUGGCUAUAACAAGAGCCACCCACUGCCUGGGUGGAGAUGUGUGCAAGAUGGUUGUUAACUUUAGUGAAGUGGAUGCCUCUGAUAUGGCUAGUUCGCUGUCGGCGAUGAGUGACGUCAUCGCUGUCAGCUGCCGCCACCAGACGUCUGUGCAGCGCGUGGCAGAUGGCGCCACCGUCCCGGUGGUCUGUUUAAGAAGCCAGGGCCACGACCCGAUCACCGUGUUUGCAGAGCUGCUUGCUAUGCUGGACCACUAUGGCCACCUGAAACGGCUGACGCUGUCCUGGGUGGGUCCGGCGCGUGCUCGUCUCUACACCUACCUGCAGAUGAUGCCCAGGCUCGGUAUGCACCUGCGCUUCUGCUGUCCGGAGACGGAGGACGUCGGUGAGGCCGAGUUCGGUGAACUGGUGCGCCGCACGAUCCGACUCAACACCCAGUUCAGCCGCUGCGCUACGGUCGACGAGGCCACGUACCGUGCGCACGUGCUGGCCACCACGGGCCACGGUCACGAACACCUGCGGAUCGGCGAAAAGCACGCGGCGGAGGCGCAGCUGGACUGGACGUUUGUGCAGGACCUGCCGCGCGGCUCGUCGGCCGCCGCCGACGCCGUGUUCGCCGCCAGCCGUCGCUCCCUGGUGACAGCCGCCUGGGCUGCCACCUCGCAGGAGGUGCUUGCCUGA